AUGAGUCGAUUAGGCACGGAAUCCGCAUUUGAGGUCUUAGCUAAAGCCAAACAGUUAGAGGCACAGGGCAAAGACAUCAUCCACAUGGAAAUAGGACAGCCGGAUUUUCCAACACCGAUUAAUAUUAUUGAAGCAGCGUAUAAAGCGAUGAAGGACGGACAUACCGGCUAUUGUCCAUCUGCGGGUGUGCCGGAGUUUCGCGAGGUUGUCGCACAACAUAUAACCGAGAUGCGUGGUGUUACCAUACACCCUGACGAAGUCACAGUGACGCCGGGAGCGAAACCUAUUAUUUUCUUCACUAUUUUGGCGUUAAUUGAUGAGGGUGAUGAGGUAAUUUAUCCCGAACCCGGGUUCCCCGUCUACGAAUCUGUUAUCGACUUCAUCGGCGGAAAAGCCGUACCGCUACACCUUCGCGAGGAGGUAGGCUUCCGAUUCCGGCUUGAAGAUCUUGAGGCGGCAAUCUCUGAUCGGACGAAACUACUGAUUCUCAACUCACCUCAGAAUCCUACAGGUGGCACGCUGACCCCUGAAGACCUUGAAGCAAUCGCGGAACUCGCACAGAAGCACAAUUUUUAUGUGUUGACAGACGAAGUCUAUUCCCGCAUUCUCUAUGAAGGUAAACACGACAGCAUCCUCAGUCUGCCCGGCAUGAAGGAACGGACAAUUCUGAUCGAGGGGCAUUCUAAAACCUAUGCAAUGACAGGAUGGCGAUUGGGUUACGGUAUUGCUCCCCAAGCAAUCGCUGAUAAAAUCACACGGUUAACGAUUAACUCCAAUUCCUGUACUGCCACCUUCACACAACUCGCUGGGAUAGAGGCACUGACAGGACCGCAAACCUCUGUUACUCAGAUGGUUUCAGAAUUUCAGAAACGACGCGACGCAAUUGUAGAUGGGCUGAAUGCAAUUGAAGGAGUUAGUUGCAUCAAACCGCUCGGUGCCUUCUAUGUGUUUCCCAACGUUACGCAACUGCCGAUUUCAUGUGAAGCACUCGCCGAUUAUCUCAUGGAGGAAGCAGAUGUCGCCCUAUUGCCUGGUACCUCUUUCGGCAAGUAUGGUGAUGGUUACCUUCGUCUUUCGUAUGCCAAUUCGUUAGAUAAUAUCCAAGAGGCAUUAGGCAGAAUGGAAACUGCAAUCUCGAAGUUGUAG